UCGUGUCGCCGUCACCUUGUUUUGUUGUCACUGAAAAUCUAAUUACGAGAAAUUAUAAAUCACAUUAAAAUAAAAAGAUGUUUUCACUUUCUCGCCACGCACUGAGGCACACACGAAAUUUCGCACUUAGUGUCAGUGCUAACAAGUGCAAGCCAAUUGCAGUUGCAGUUCCUCUAAAUUUACGCUACUUGGCAGCAGAUUCACGUCAUAACAACCACAAAACCGACAGCAGCAGCAACAACAACAAAAACAACAUGGAGAACAAAGUUGAAAAGAUUACGGUGAACAAAGAGGAGCUGCGCAAACGUCUUACACCGAUGCAGUAUCAGGUUACCCAGGAGGCGGGCACCGAGCGGCCCUUUACAGGCUGCUAUAAUAAACACUAUGAAAAGGGCGUGUAUCAGUGCAUUGUCUGUCAUCAGGAUUUAUUCAGCUCGGACACGAAAUAUGAUUCAGGCUGUGGUUGGCCAGCAUUCAAUGAUGUUCUCGAUAAGGGCAAAGUGACAUUACAUCGCGAUGCCAGUAUACCAGGGGGCAAUAUUUUACUACUAAUUAAACAUCCAGAACGCAUACGCACAGAGGUACGAUGCGCCCGCUGCAACGCCCACAUGGGACACGUCUUCGAGGAUGGACCAAAGCCAACACGAAAGCGUUACUGCAUCAAUUCGGCGUCCAUAGAGUUUGUCAGCGUCUCGGAGGAUCCAGCAACGACCGCCACCACAACGGCAUCCCAUGCUACGCCCAUAGCCCAGCAAUAGGUUAUAAUACAGAGGAGAUGGGAAUCUCUCUCCCAUCUGGCGAUGGAACAAUCAACGACAAAUGCUUAAAGAGUCUAACCUCAAGAUUCCCAUUGUUUUUUUUUGUUUGUCUUUCCUUUACCAUGUUAUCCUUCUUUCGAAACUUUCCGCAAUUGUGGCCAAUUUUUAGCUUGUAAAGAAACAAAUUUUUAAAGUAAAGUUUUCGAAAAAACCAUAAAAUUUUGUAAGCCAAAUCCUCUUGUGUGUGUAAAUAGAUUUCUGUACUCUGUAAAUUUGUUAAAAACAACCUCUCCCCCCCACCCCCUACUCACAUCAAAAGAAAUAAAUGUAAUAAUUAUAAUAAUAGAAAAUACUCGGUAAACACAACAUCCAUCAGAUUUACUAAUUUUUAAAUGUGAGCGCUAAAAUAAAUAUGUAUUUUUUACAAACAACA